UCUUCCCAAGCAACCACCGACUAUGCCGAGGAAUGUCAGGGUUGUUGGCACAGAUACAUACUGCCUCUAGCUCCGUCUAAGUCAGAGUCUCAGCUACGGAAAAAAUAAGGUAGUCAAGCCAGAUAUCUUCUCGAGCAUUUCGGCUUCUGAGCUAAUAGCAGUGCGUUCUGUCUGAUAGAAAAACCGAACCCCAGUCGCGUGGAAGUCUCCUGCGAACAACGGAAGACGUGAUUGCUGCAGUCCGCGAAAGCAAGCCAUCCUGCGCCAGCCACAACAGAAAACUUCUAGAACUUCUUCGUCUUCGCUGUCGUCCCUUCUAUCGACCACUUAAUCGCCUCGGAAGACGUGCACAACACGCGGCAGCCAUGGGCCCGCUACAUCAGCACCAUCGGCAUCCUCCCGCCGUUUCCUUGCGGAUUGUCCUCUCCCUCGCCCUCUUUGCCGCGCUCUCUCCCCUGACAGCCGCUCAACCAGUCGCCGACAGUCAAAAGCCCGCGCUGCAGGCGAUUCUGGCGGCGUGGGGCGACUACGUGCCCAGACUAGCGCAGACGUGGUUCGUAGCUGUGGACUGCUCCGGCUGGCUCGGCCUUACGUGCAGCUACGACGGUCAAGUCAUCUCAUUUGAAAUCGCCAACCGAGGGCAGCUGGCAGGCCAGACCAUUCCCGCCGCCGUUACUCAGCUCGGCGCGCUGCAAAAGCUGGAUCUGCACAAUAACUACCUGGCCGGCAGCAUACCCGCCAACAUCGGCUACAUGAGCGCACUCACAAGCCUGUCGCUGAGCCGCAAUGCUCUCGAGGGCGAGAUCCCUUCCAGCGUCGCCAACCUCGCCAGCCUCCAAGUGCUCGACCUGAGCGACAACCGUCUCUCCGGCGCUAUCCCGGACAUCUUCUGGGGCAUGGGCAGCCUGCAGACACUGGCUCUGGGCAUCAAUGCGUUCACGGGCAACCUCCCGAACAGCCUCUACUCUCUCAACCAGCUCCGCCACCUGCUGGUGGGCGACAACAAGCUUUCGGGCGUGCUCUCCUCGUCCUUCUCCAACCUCGCCUCCCUCGCUGCACUUGAUCUCAACGGCAACGCCUUCUACGGCAGCCUGCCGCCUUCCCUCGCGUCCCUCCCUAACCUCAUCUUCCUCGACGUGAGCAAGAACCAGCUGUCGGGCACGCCCAUCUCGGCCUUCGCGUCUGCGGCGAUGGGCAGCGCGGCGCAGGCGACGUACGACCUGAGCAGCAACUACUUCAUUACUUACCCCGCCGUCUUCACCGCCGGCGCCACGCAGUUCUGCCCGUCGGACGUGAAGGGCGGGUACGCGGACGCCAACCUGGAGGUGUUCGGCGUGUCGAAAUUCAGCGGCAUGAAGGACAACUGCUUCCUGGGCGGCUUCUGGAACGUGUCGCAGAGCUUCACGGAGGGCAAGGGCAAGCACAACAAGGACGUCGCGGCCAAGGGGACUGGAUUCGAGAAGAAGUUCAAGAAGAACAGCGUUGGCAACGGGAACGGGAAUGGGAAUGCGUAUGGCAAGUCGGUGUCGUCUUUCUCGGCUGGGGGUUCUGCGUCCGGCACUUCUUAUUACUACUCGGCUGCUAAGGCUGGCAAGGGCAAGAAGGGUCCCAAGAAGGGCAGCAGCACCGGCAACGGCAACGGCAACGGCAACGGCAAUGGCAACGGGAAUGGGAAUGGGAACGGCGGCAGUGGCGGAAGCGCGAGUGCGGGCACGGGGUGCGCGGUGGGAGCGCAGCGGCGAGCCGUUGAGUGCGUUGGCUUCUGCGGCGCGGCGCUGCCGUCGGGCCCCUGUGGCGGCCUGGGCACGUGCUACCUGGCGUCCCCCUCCAACACCCCCACCUGCGCCUGCAACGCCGGCAUGUUCGCCGUGCAGCUCACUGUCCAAGUGGGCAAAGUGAUGAUCACCUACCCCUCCUGCUCGCCCAACCAGGGCCCCACUGCACCCCCUCCGCCCACCCUGGACCCCGGGACGAUCAAGAAGCGCGAAUACAAGGGCGCCAAGGACACGUCAGCCAUCCUCUCGAGUUCCUACUACAACAAGUACUUCCGCUACGCGUCGCUGGGCUUCACCGGCAACUACACCAGCCCCUUGUGGAACAUCAACCCCUCUGUUGACUGGCGCGCCCGCAUCCCCGCCACUCUCCUCGCCGCCAAGGACCAGGGCCUCUGCUCCGCCUGCUGGAUCUUCGCGCCAGUGGCGGCCAUGGAGGCGCUGUACGCCAUAGUGUACAACAACGCACCUCCCAACAUCUCAGAGCAGAAGGCCAUCGACUGCCAGGGCACGUGGAACUGCGAGGGCGGCCGCCCCGACGACGCCUUCAACUACAUUGCCGCCUCGGGCGGGCUCCCCAGCAGCGACAGCUACCCCUACACCGGGAUCCUCAACUCCGGCUCGUGCAUGGUCACCAAGCGCUCGCUCUCUCUGCGCCGCCGCCUUCUCGAGGAUUCACCCAUCUCCACCGCAUCGCUCUCGCACUUGUCCGACUCUUCGUCCUCCGCCUCCUCUGCCUCCGCGUCCGUCUCCCCAGACUUGGCGAAUCCUUCGGACAUCUUCUCCCGCGCCAUCCGCAGUCUGAAAUCCAAGAAGGCGGCACCUCCUGUGAUGCCCUCGGCUCCGUAUGCCAUCUCCAUGUUUGAGACGGUGCAGAUCGGAGGGUGGAUCGGGCUUGCGCUCACUGUGCAGCAGCAGCCCGCAGUGGCGUACAUUGCUGCCUCGGCUGAAUCCUUUGUCAAGUACCCUGGGGGUUUUGUCUAUGCGGAUCUGAACUGCUUCACCACUGAGGUCGUGGACCAUCUUGUGCUGGUAGUGGGCUUUAACCUGCUGGACGCCACGCCCCACUGGAUCAUCCGCAACUCCUGGGGUCCCUCGUGGGGCGAGAAUGGCUACAUGAAGAUCGCAAUUGCGGGCGGCCCGGGCAUCUGCGGCAUGCACAUGCUGCCGGCCAUGUAUCCAGUUCUCCAGACGCCCGACCCCUGCAAGCCGAACCCUUGCGGCGGCGGUGUGUGCACGGCGCAGAAGGGCAAGGCGCUCAAGAACAAGUGUUCGUGCCCGGCCAACUUCAUGGCCGUCACCAACCUCGACAAGACCCAGUCCUGCACAAUGAUGCGCGUGUGUGCGUUCUUUGUGAUGAACCCCUGUGGCUUCGGCACGUGUAUGGACGACAUGGCUGGUGGCUACACCUGCCUCUGCUCCCUCGGCUACCAAGUGGGAGCGCUCACUGACGGCUCAACCACCUGUGUCCCUGCGCCCCCCUCAACCACGGUGACCAUUCCUGUGGCGAUGAAGUGCGCCCAAGUGCGCUCCACAUAUAUCAUGUCCAAGGUCGACUUCGUCGCUCUCAACCCGACCAUUGGAUGCGUCAAGCCUAUUCCAGCGGGCACCACUGUUGUCGUGCGCAAUGCCACGGGCACGCAAUACGGCUGCGUCACUCCGUACACCGUUGGACCCGGCGACACGUGUGACACGGUGGCAACGAUGUUCAACCUGACAAUUGAUGGGCUGAAGACCAUCAACCCGGACCUAGACUGCUUGGCUCUCAUGAUUGGCCAGCAGCUGUGCGCGCAGAUCGGCAACCCCCAGAACCAGUCGUGCCUGUCAUACUACUACAUCAACCCCGGGGAGACGUGCAACGAUGUCAUGAUCAACACGCAGCCGCCCAUUUCUGCCACCCAGCUGUACCAGUACAACCCUGGAAUUAUUUGCACUGCUGACGCCUCGCAACGGCUCGUUGGCCAGCAGGUGUGUGUGCAGUCGCUGACGGUGGGAGCCACGCGGUGCCUGUACGGCACGUACACGGUGGUGCGCGGCGACACGUGCAGCUCGGUUAUCUGCAAGGUGUUCCGCUGCCGCUCCUCGCUCAUGUACACCUACAACACGGGCUUCUCCUGCAACCGCUACACGCUCUACGUCGGCAAGGUGCUCUGCAGACCUCGUUGAUUCUGCUUCCGCUUCUGCUUCCGCCCCAUGGGGGUUAGCCCUCGCGGGGGCGGACUCCGGUGCAGCAGAAGGGAGGGAGACGGGUCCAUCCCUCUGCUCGGGUUCCUCCGGGCUUGGGCUAUCUUUUCACUGGCUUUGUUAAUCAUCCAUCCCACCACAGUCAUUGCUGUGAACUGUGGGGUGUCUUCCAGUGACUGUGUGAGAUAUGCCUGCAGGGGUUAGGGCUUGGCAGGAAGGCUGCAUGCGUGCAUGCUGUUCAUUUGUUAAAUUCUUUGUUUUUACCCUCCAACUGAGGUGACUUGCUGUAGACGGGUCAAGGCCAGUGACUUAAGCCAGCAGGUCUCUGACGGUGGCAGCCACGUUUCGGCCUAUGUGCCUUGAUGAUUUGUCACAUUGUAAUAUAUCAGAACAUGACAAUUCUAGCAAGCUUCAGCUCAGAUCCGAAAUGCUAGUAAUCAGUGGUCGUAGCUGUUGGGCUGAUAAAAGCCCUUAGGAUCUUUCC